AUGAUUGAAGAAAUCAUUCAGAAACUUUCCCUUGGUGGCGGAUUUCUGUGGUCUCUCGUCGUUAUUGUCCUUUUUUAUGUGGGUUAUGACUUAUACACAGAUUAUAAGGUGUCCAGGCUAGGAGCAUUUGCUCCUCGCAUUAAAACCUAUCUGCCACUAAGUGCCGACUUCAUUGCCAAGGGGUUCAGUGCUGCGAAAAAACACAGAGAUCUUGAAUUUUUUACAUCGAUAUUUGAAACCACCCCAUCACCUUGGGGUGGCUCCAUAGCAACAGCCGAACUAAAGGUCCGCCCCCAUGCACGCAACAUCUUCACUGCUGAUCCAGAAAACAUCAAAGCUGUCCUGACCAGCCAGUUCAGUGAUUAUGGAAAGGGCUGGCGUUUCCAUAAGGAAUGGAAAGAUUUCUUGGGUGACAGCAUCUUCGCGACUGAUGGAGAGCUCUGGUCGCGAUCUAGACACUUGAUUCGGCCGAUGUUUGCAAAGGAGAGAUUUGUCGACACCGAGAUCUUUGAGAAGCACAUCGAAAAGUUGAUCCCGCGACUCGCCACAAACGAAAAUGGGGGCAGCAUUGUAGAUGUUGGACCCUUGUUUUUUAGAUUCACCCUAGAUGCUGCAACUGAUUACUUGCUUGGGAAGAGUGUCGAUAGUCUGGAUGACCCGAAAACCUCCUUUGCAGAAUCUUUCCAAUAUGUUCUACAUAAACAGUCCGUCCUCUUCAGGGCAGGUCCCCUACGAAAGUUCUUUUCAGAACGAGAAUUCAAGGCCAAUAUUCGAAAGAUGAAUGACUUCCUCCAGCAGUUCAUUAACCAGGUGCUAGCCCUAACGCCCGAAGAAUUAGACAGCAAGCUUUCCAAGCAAGACACAUUCCUUCACGCUCUCGCCAGGUUCACUCGUGACCCAGUUGUUCUACGCGACCAGCUCGUUGCUAUCUUGCUUGCCGGCCGUGACACUACUGCCGCUACCCUUGCCUUUGCCAUGUUUGAACUAUCCCGCCAUCCAGAAACGGUUAAGAAAGCACGAGCAGAGAUCUUUGCAACAUGCGGGACUAACAAGCCAACCUACGGUGACUUGAAAGCAAUGAAAUAUGUCAACGCUGUCAUUAACGAAACCAUGCGCCUGUACCCUGUUGUACCGUUUAAUGUUCGCCAUGCCGUUGUCGACACGACACUCCCCCGUGGCGGCGGCCUUGACGGCAAAUCUCCCAUUGGUGUUCCUGCCGAUACCCGGAUCCUCUACUCAACAAUGGCUAUGCAACGAAGGCGCGAUUUAUACGACCCGCCUCCAUCCGCCUCCUCAUCUCCCGAGGAAAAGGCUAAGCCUUGGUACGACCCCCAUGAGUUCCACCCUGAGCGUUGGACUUCCGGCUGGCAACCGAAGCCAUGGCACUUCAUUCCCUUCAACGGCGGCCCAAGGAUAUGUCUGGGACAGCAGUUUGCUACCAUCGAAAUGGGAUAUACUAUUACUCGCAUUUUGCAGCAUUAUUCUGAGAUUACCGGAAUCGGAUGUCCUCCGCCAGGAACCGAUCCCAUUCUCAAAACCGACGUGACUCUCUCUCCAGGCGAGGAGUUUAACUGUGUUUUCCGUCGCGAGGGGGCCGAAUAA